GUAGUAGGGAAACAGUAGCACUAAUAAUGUCUUCAAUGCGUUGUAUGUUUUUAUAGGGAAAAUAUUGACAGCUGAUUUUCAUCUUUUACUCGAAUUUGAUUCACAGUUCCUGAUUCAAAUUAUGAAAUGCACCAAAAAGGAUCCAUAUAAAUUUAUAAAAUCAUAAAUUUAUUACAAAGCCACAUCUCAAUCUCAAGAAAUCCGCAUAAAAAUGCUUGAUCCCUAGACACUUUUGAUGCGUGUAAUAAUAAUGAUGAUAAUAAAAAUAUUUUGUAUUAUUUACAAAAUAUAAAAUUAUUUAAAGUCACAUAGGUUAUGAGUCAAUAACUCGUCGUUUUAUGUUCGCUAAAAAUAUCUUUUUUCGAUAAAAUAUUUUUUGCUCUGGACAUUCCAAUAUCUUAUAAAUUUUUAACCAGAAAAAAGGAAAAAUAGAAGUAAUUGAGUAAUUUACGAAUCAUGUUGGAAUUUUUUGAGCAAUUGGUAGUUCUGAUAUUACAGCAGAUUCCAAGAAGAAUCCAAUUUCUCAAUUUUCUCUUUAUCUAUUAUCUAAUUAUUGCGUCUUUUUACUGUCUGGUAUUAACGUGUAACAGAAUAUAAUGGAAUGACAUCACUAUUAGCACAGUUACUAUUAUCUGAUCCAGUAACAAUACAUAAAUAGCACAUUGUGGCUGGUGCAAUGUAUAAAAGAUAGCGGUUUGAAGAUCUAAAAUUUGUUAUGAAAUAUCCGUAAGAAACUAGCCGUAUUUUUGAUAGACUAAGAAUAAUUGAUUGAAUUUUUAGAAUAACUAUUAAAACGGCUUCAUUCAAACUUUUCAUAUGAUAACAAUAUGCAAAUUAAUGUUUUACUAAUAAUAUCAAUAUUAAAUAACAAUUUGGUGUUUUAGGUAUGUGUUUUUAUGGUGGGAAGAUCAUUUUACGAUCUCCUGUCUAGUAUUUUUUUACCAACUUGGAAUUAAAAAAACUCGUACGGUGUUGCUAGAAUAUUUUUGUAUGUAUGUUCGGGGAUAUCAUUGAAGAUUAUGGGCCGAGUUCUAAAACUCUUUUUUAAUUUCAAUAUCUCCAAAUUCGCUAGUUAGGAUCUGAUGAUAUGAUGCUGGAGAAAUCGUGAGGAACUCUCCAAAAAAAAAAUAGUUUUACCUCAUUAAUUUGUAUUUGUAUUAUUGUAACACAUCUAUUUAUUCCCGGACGCGCUAGGUAUUUGAUUUUAUUGAAGUCGGUUUUAUCUUUUUGUAAUAACAGUUUCUGGCGAGCGGGUGGUGCAAACAAUAAGCUUAAAUGUGCUGGGUUCAAAUCCCGUCAGGUGAAUUUGUGUAAUAAGAACAAAUAUUUGUUUUUGAUUUAUGAUUGUUCAUAUACUCAUAUACAUAUUAGUUAGUUAGUUUCCAUACAGCAAGCUCUGCAUGGGUUUUUGAGUUUUAGUUAGUUUUCGUUUAUUAAUUAACUUAACACAAAUUUAAGCAUUAUCACUGUCAGAUUCAUUAAACUUUGUUUCAGCUUCUUCGAAUUUUGAAUGAAUUUUCAUUCCUUAUACAAUUUUGUAAUUUCGAAAUUCUUCGUCAGGAACGCUAUCGCCUAUGAGUUAAGGUUGGAAGCUGCGAUCUGGUCUCUUAGCAUUAGACCUGUCACGGUUCACCGGCCGCCGGCCGCAAGGUCUCAGUCGCGACGAUAUUGUCACCUGCAAUCGGUCACGACCACCGAACGAUCUGUUACAAAUCAUAUCUGUGGAUUAUCGAAUCUUCUGACCCUUACUUUUUGUGGUGUAAAAGAAGAUUCUGGAAAACAUCAAUUUGGUGAUUUGUGUUUAAUUAUGUCACAUGUUUUAAUUGGUUUUCACUAAUCGUUGGUGGAGUUAGCUGAAAGGUCGCGACCUUAGUCGGGGCGUGAGAUUUCCUAUCGCGGUCAGGUUGAGCAACCUGAGGUAGGGCCUCGCGCAGCGCCUGCCGGUGGCUGUUGGUUUGAUUGUCUGCGCCGGUGCACCCGCUAUGGAGUGGUUGAAACUGCUGUUGAUUCUCACGCUGCUGACUAAAGGGGGUGAGUACUUUUUACUAUCUAUGCGAUGAGCCUGCCUGUUUUUCUCUGCAAUCGAAAUUGAAUAUGGAUAUUUCUUAUAGACAAUUUUCCAAAACAGUUUAGUAAAGAACUAUACUUAUUUGGUGUUGCAUCCAUCAUAGAAAUAGGUAUUAACAUUAAUUAAUAAACAGCCGAAAGGUUGACUAAAUCAGGAUGACUAUGUUGCAGCAUUAGCCACAACGCUGACUUUCAGCUGAUUCAAUCAAAUUAACAGUGCGAUAGGGUGAAUAGAUUAAUUGUUUAGCUUAUCUAGCUCUUACUGCAGCGUAAAGAUAUUUGAUUGAAAGGCAAGCCUAACUGAAAAUCAUUAUAGCUAUGAUGUUUAUUACUUUGAAAAUUUUCAUUUUGUCCUUAAAUAAUAUGGUAGAUUCAAACAAAAAUUACGUAUCGUUAUGUAGGUUUUUUACUGCAAUUCAAAGUAACAUUAUUUUAUCUCAAUAUAUGCUUAAGUAGUGCUCUUCAAAUUCAACUUAACAAUCUUUAAACUAAAGCAGGUAUGUGAUAACGGACAUCAAAAUAAACAUACUGCCGCUUCGGGUAAUAUUAGUUAGUACAAAUGCCAUUGGGUCUACCGUGCAACAAUGUGCAUAAACUGCAGCUCUUAAAUUUGGCAACGGAUCAAACACAUGAUAUUAUCUGCCAUUGUGUUCUAAGUAUUUUUAUAUCAGCUGUUGGUUAGAAUGUUGUGGAUUUCGUAUAUUAUGAUCGUGCACACGACACGAACGUAGGUAAACACAACGUUACGGCACAUUCUGGAGAUGUUUCUGUUUAUAAAUGUUUGUUUCGGUGUACAGUUGAAAUGGGUUGUUACAUUUAUUCCCGGCGUGAAAAUCCACCCAGGGGGAAUUUAUCGUGACUACAUUUUCGUUUUGCGUAUUUUUCACAUCCUCCUUUGGUGACCUUUCUGUUCUGUAGGUACUUAAUAUUUUCUUUAUAUACUUCCCUAGUGUUGUCCUCGAAUCGAUGUAUAAACAAUAGUUUUCGUUCUCGUUUUCGGCUUAUAUAAUAAAACUUCAGCUAAAAAUUUAUAUAUAACUGAUAAAUAUCGUAUGAAAAUCCGUUCAGCAGUUUUUGAUAAUCAUUUCAAAGAAGCAGACAGACAGAAGCAGUGAAUAGGUGUUAGUAGAAAAGUGUAAUCGUGUGUGCUUAUUGAUUUUGUACGAUCGUUAAUUUCACAAAAAAAAGUCCAAACUCUCUCAUAUGAUUAACAAAAGAAAAUAAACAUUAUGUAAAAAGUCACGAGAACAUGUACAAAAUCAGAUUAUACCCCAAUAGUUAUGUGCGUCAUGAAAACAAUAUAAUUAAAGAACAUUUUUCAGUUCACAAUUCAUGAACCUGAAGCUAGUAAAAGCCGUCGUACUUAUGUGUGUGGCUUGUUGGCGUACGCAACACGUAAAGCUUAAAGCUAUGUUUGUAUAUGUAUUUAUUAAGUUAGCCCUUUUGCUAUAUGUAUUUCGAGUCCCGGUUUAUUAAUUUCUGUACCUUAGUUUCUGUUUAAUAAUUUAUUUGCGUUAAUAAGUGAGAAUAAUAAUGACAUCAUUUCUUCCUACAACCAUUGAAGAUUUUUUAUUGAGUCAUUUUUUUAAAUAUUGGCAAUAUCCAUUUCUAAAACAAAUGAGAAAUAUCCAUUCUUAUACAAUUAGCCAAAGCAAAUUAGGUAUGUAAUGUUUUUUGAGUCUCAUAUACUAUUUUAUUAAUUAAGUCUUAAAUUACGAAUUAAUCCAAAUAGCGAACAUGCAAAGCGAUUAGCAAUAAAGUGCCUGGUUCAAUAAGCAUCUUAAUAUCAAUUUUGUGGUUACCUACUAAUUUAUAGGUUGUUAAAUGGACAGUUUUAAUCUGACUGUGGAAAUAUGAUAAUAGUACAGUUUUCUUGUUUUAACAAGUGUAAAAUUAACAUUAUAAUUAUGAAUUAAGCGAGAAGUCAAACACAUUUAGUUCAAUUAAAUUGUUGCACUUGCCUGCUAAAUCGACGCAAUUAGCCAAUACAAAACUAAAGAGCAGAGAAAAUCAUUGGCAUUGAAACUUUAAGAUUACUGUGUUUUCAGACUAACUAAGCGUACUAUUAAUUCUCCUUUUGUUAUUUCAAGGUUUACUUUAAAAGAAGCAUUUUCAGAAUUUUCGUGACCAAUUAUUGUUGUGGUCAUUUGUCAAAUAAAAAAAAAGAAUAUCGCAAUAAAGAUGUCAAAAGAUUCUAACUGAUUUAACGUUGUUUCCCAAUUAUUUGUUGGUGAUACUGAGUUUUUAAUGAAACGGAUAAUUUUGUAUAUUAUAAGAUUUCCUGGGUUUGUUUGAACGCGUUGUCUUUUUCAAUAAUUGCAUUUUACAUCACAUUUAAGAUGGUAAAUUUAUGACUACUUAUUCUAAGUAUACAUGUUAAGCUCUGCAAGAGCAUGGCAAUAUCGGGAUUGUCAGAGGACUUAUCGCUAAGACUUUAUUACAUAAUUUUAGAAUUCAAACAACAAUUUUAUUCGGUACUUGAUGUAAAUUCUAUUAAAAUACUAGACAUAAAAUUAUCUAAAAAUGACUAUUUUUGUAGUACUAAUUACAUUUGUCAUCAAAACACAUUGUAGUUGAAACCCCUAUAUGUCACAAAAAUGCCAGGCAAUAUGCCAAAUCUGCUGCAGAGAAAGUAUAUUUAAAAAUAAAUAUUCAUUAUUACAGAAGAACAUUGGGUAGACUUUUAUUCAAAUAAAACUUCUAGUUUAGCCCGUACCCAGAUAUUGGACUACUCUUUCGCUUGACAGGUUUUAAUACCUAUCUGUAUUAGAAAAUCACCACUUAACAAUCUCCAGGAAGCGGUGGAAGCAGAAUGUUGUUCAGACAAUGCCCAAGCAGCACCAGAAAACACGCAAAAUGUUGAAGGCGAGCAAGGAGAGUUCCAAGAUUUGCUGGAGUUGCAGGCGGCGUGUCCCGAGCUGAGCGAGCAGAUCAUCGGUGGCAGGCCGAGCUCGGUUGUCCGGCACCCCUACCAGGUGUCGAUGGUGCUAAACGGAAACUCCUUCUGCGGCGGUUUUAUCAUCAGUCAGAAUCACGUGCUGACUGCGGCGCACUGCGUGGCCAAUGUAGCCCCAAGCGCAAUACGUCUGCGAGUGGGUAGCACGCGGCGUGAUUCAGGCGGGCGGAUAGUGCGCGUGGCCAACGUAUCCGUUCACGAGCGAUACGGACAGCCACAGUUCGACAACGACAUCGCGGCGCUGCGGCUCGCUCAACCCCUCACCUUCAGCAACGCCAUCAGGGCCAUAGCGUUGCCUCGUAAUCGACAGCCUGUGCCACUCGUCAGGCUUACUGUCACCGGAUGGGGACUUACUGCACCGCGUGGGCGGCGCAUCCCGCGCAUCAUGAUGGAGGCGCGCGUGCCCGUGGUGCCGCACUGGCUCUGCCAGCUGUCCUACGGCGACGCGCUCACCAACAACAUGUUCUGCGGAGGUCACUUCCUAAUCGGCGGCGUGUCUUCUUGCCAGGGUGACUCGGGCGGACCCGCGGUGUUCAGAGGGACAGCUUUCGGUGUGGUGUCGUUUGCAAGAGGCUGCGCUUUGCCGCUAUCACCCACCGUGUUCACUAACAUCGCCGCAAUGAGAGAUUGGAUCGCACAAAACACCGGAAUAUGAUACAGAUAAACCUUCGUAGAUGAAAUAAAAAAUAUACCAUUUUUCAAUUGUAAAAUAGGUCGAGCAUAGCUUUUAGAAAGAAGGAAUUUUAAAAGUUUCAAUUUUCAUGACACAAAUUGAUGAUAAUAUUUUUUCAUUUGUUCUUAAUUUUUUGUGUGAAACACUAAAUUAAAUUGACUCUCACUGUUCCUAUGAAGUUUAUAUGACUAGAAAUUAAAUGAAUAGUACUUCAUGGCAAUAGUUUUUUGUUAAAUCAAGACGUUCUUAAAUAUUACUGUACUGUGUCAUUAGGUUGUAUUUAUCAAAAGUUUGUAAUAUAAAUGUAUGUACCUAAUUAUAUUGAAUUUAUUUAUAUUAGCAGACUUAAGUUAUACCUACUUAAAUGUUUAUAUUAAAUAAAGCCAUCCUUUGAAUAAAGACAUAAAGACACCAAACUUGCAAUUAAUUGAUUGUAUAUUACAUUCCCUGAUUGUGAUUAUUUUCAGAUUAAUUUAUUAGUUUUAAUUGUUUUUAUUUAUUUUUUACUAAUAAAUUUUGUAAAAUAAAGAGAUAUUUUGAAUUUUUUUAGUUUUAUUUAAAAACAACUACAGUCACUGAGACAAAUUAUUAUCAAGUUGAUUUUGGAGGGAUGAACACAAUUUCCGAGAAAAAUAUUUAAACAGCAGUUUGCAGAUGCACCUGUAUAUAUGUCACGUUAUAUAAAUAACACUGAAUUGCGAGUAUUGAUGCAUAAUAUUAGAUACACAUAUACAUUAAAUAUAAUAUCAACACCUAAGUAAAGCCACUAAACUUACAAAAUGGUUUUGAGUUUUCCUUUUUCUUUCCGAAGCGUUUCAUCAGGUGCACGAAAAACAAUAUUUGUUCUUUUUUAAAAUCGACUUCUUCUUUCAGGUGUACGAAAUGUACCUGAUCGGGUACCAAUUCAGGGUUCUCUCGCCGAUAUUCACGAUCCAUUGGGGCCUGCAAGCUAGAAGGAACCGACCCUUAUGGCGGGAGAAACAGAACGAGAAGAACAGGAAACACUUCGAAACGUUCAAACGCGAGUUGUUCGCGAGAUACAGGAAGGACCCGCUGCACUUGCUUCGGAGGCCGCAGCAGGGGAAGAAGACCUAGGCCUCGCAAGGCCGAGCGAACUGUGUUCCCGGCCUUGUGUUAAUCUCAGUAAUUGUCGGACUAUUCUGACAUAGGACUUGCUAAUUCGUGAUAUCGUGUCUGUGUUUUAAAUUAAUUUAAGGUAAUCAGUAUUACAAAUUACCAUAAUUAUUGCUUUUGUUUUUGUCAUCUAAUUAUAUUGUCUAUUUUUUGUUGUACGUCCUAUUAUCUAUUUUUUGGCGUAAUCUUAGAAACAGAAGUGAAUGUUAUCCAAAUGGUGCAAUAUCGAUAACAUUAUCUUACACGACUAAGUAAUAUCUUAACAGUGAUUUUAAAUAAAUUUAUUAUGAAAAUAGAUGGCUGUGGAUUGACUACAAAAUAAUGAAAAAAGGUAAUUAAAGCAAAAAAGGAAUUUGCAUUGUUUAAUCAUAGUAGCCUGCCUAAUGGUUGUGUGAAAUUGUGAAGUUUCAAGAAAUUUCGAAUUAAUUUAGAUAAAUUAUAAUAAAAAAAUACUUUAUUUAUGUUAUUCGAAUUAUCCGUUGCGGACCGAUGCGGUUAUAAAUGGCCGGAGUAGCCUUUUGCCCCUCUCGCUUUAGUUGAAAUUUCACAUAUUUUUGCCUCAAUUUAAUAUCUAAUGCAUUUAUAAGUAUACAAGAAAACUAUAGCAUGUAAGCUGUGUAUAUAGUCAAUAUGUAUAUAAUAUUCAUAAAUUAUUAAUACUUUUGUAAAUGUACAUUUUGAGUAUCUACCUAUAAGCCUACUUACUCUGUAAAUAUGUACGUUAUUUAUUAUUUAAUUAAUUCAGCACCAAUUGUUGCGCAUAACAGCAUUUCAGCAACAAAAGAGUCUCCUGUCACUAAAUAAAAUUGUAUAUAUUUUUUUGCAACUUAUCAAUGUUGACUUGGGCAAUUUAGAUAGAAAUGUUGGUAUUAUUUCAUUGUUACCUUUUGUUACUGAUGCUAAUUGUUUGUAAAUACCAACCCGUUAAGUUUCAAUUUGUUGUUAAGCAAUUCGUUAUUCUAGUGACAAUUAAAAUUUAGUACACAAUAUUUUAGGAAGCACUUAGAUGUAUUUAUUAGAGUGCUUAAUAAGAUAAAUAUUGCUAUUUGUUGUAAAGAAUAGGGAUUGUUUUAAUUCGUGUUUUGUUUUGAACUAAAUAUUGCAUAUAGAUAUCAAAAUAAUGACGUCGCAGGAUGAUUUGACAAAACGAUUUUGGCAACAAUCCUAGGACUUUUGCAAAGACGCGGUUUCAUAAUGGCUAUUACAUUGCCAAAUCUUACUGAUAACGAAAACUUGUUUUGCCACUUCGCCGUGGCACGGUCACAACACUAACUUAACCUAGUGUGAAUUCAAGUACCCAAAACUCAAGAAUAUUUAUAAUAAGUUAACGAUUCUUUUCGCAAUCUCACUGAGGAGAGUUGACUUUUCUUAAAAAUCUUAUCUUUAUUGAGCAAAAUUGAGAAAUUUCAUCGCUAUCGUCUAAUUAUCCUUCUUCUCAAAAAAACCUUAGGAUUUUCGGGAAAUUCGUUAUAUGAAAUCAUCCUAGGAUAUUAACAACGCAUAGAGAUAAUGUUGCAAUUAAGUUUAAAUAAAUUCUUAUACGUAACAUACAUAUAAUUGUUAAGAAGACGCACAGGGUACCUAACUUAAGUUUAUUUAAACGUUUUUCAUUCGUUCCUAUUCCCAAUCUCAUUUGCAAUGCAUGAAAUACUCGUCUACUUUGUCAAAUGUUUGUAAUGUCCAGUCGUUUAGUGAAACGCACGCGAUGAUAAAACUUUUAACAUAAAAAUGUAUUACCUACAAGUCUUGGACUAUUUUUUUGGAAAUUAAUGUCUUUUAUUUGAAUUUAUUAGCAAUAGCUCGUAAUUUGUGAAAGGGUAGUUUUCGUUAUAAUUUGAAUAAUAAAUAUUUCAAUUGCUAUUCAACUUUUUAUUUUGCAAUAACUCGUAUACCUAUAAUAUAAUUAGGUUAUAUUAUCUAAUAGCUAAUUUAAAAUACAAUUUCAACAUAUUUUUUGGAUUAAUGCUUAAAUAUCCUAGCUUUUUAAAUCUAAGAAAAUUAUACUAGAAAAAAUACUCGCGGACCAGGCAGCAGACGGGACUCGAACACACACUCUCCGCUACCCGAACGGAUGCACUGACCAUUAUAGGGCCGUGGUAGCAUAAAGGUCAGUGAACCGCGUGGAUUUUUCCUAGUACAAUUUUCUUAAGAUUUUAACAUCUAGUAGUUAAAUCCAUAAAAAUGUACAAUCCUUGCUCUUUCUAGUAAAUUAUAUUUAUAUUUAUUAUUUUAAUAUGAAACAAAUCCAAUAAAUAGAAGGAAGAAAUUGCAAUUCCAAUUUAUUAUAAUUUUAUUUUUUUACCAUUAAACUGAUGUUAGAUGUUUAAAUCUAAAGAAUUUUACUAGGCAAACUUUCACAUGGCCCAGGAAGCAAACGGGACUCGAACCUGCACCCUCGGCUAUCCGGGCGGAUGUACUGACCAAUUAUGCUACCGCGAUCUUUUCGCAUUGCAGGUAACCCACAAUUUCAAAUGUAACAAAACCUUUACAAGGAACAAACAUUUAUAAGAAGAAAUAGCAAUUAUAUAGCCUGAAGUGUACUUAUUCGUAUUAGGCUCAACUAGUUCAGCCUAGACUAAACUAGUUUCUCCUAUCGGCCAUAGGACAAAUCAGUUUAGCCUAGUUUGUAACGGGUAAUCCUAUCGCCUGAAGGAUGAAUUGAUUUUACCUAGUAAAAACUAGUUAGUCCUAAAAUCGGGUUGUAACAAAUGCACCUAAUGCAACCGCCUUUCCCAAAAACAUUAUAAAUAUUAUAUGUCUGCCAAUAACAGCCUACCCGCAAUUACUUCAGUUACUCAGUUAUCAUGGCGCUUGCAACAGUGCCGAAAUAUCGGAAACUCGUAAAAACAAGGUACAUGGUAACAAUCCCGUAAAUAACUUAUAUUACUAUAAUGUUAGUGACCAUGAAAGUUUAAACAAUAUAUUAUAAAUAUUUAUGCCAAAAACAUUAGAUGCAUAAAUAAAUGCAUACAUAUAAUGUUUUUGGAAAAUUUCACCAAAAGAGAUGAGGUGCGUCAGUUAUUUCACAAAGUACCCUAUCCUGUGCACUUUACGAUUCAAUAAUAAAACAACAAAGGACUAUAAAAACUGUGUUCGCCAUUUAAUUCAAAUCGUGCAUCACUUUCGAACAUUCUCUAGAUUAUCAUUUAUUACAGGUUGAAUUGUUUUUAAAGUGUGAUUCAAACUUAAUGGCGUUUUUGAAGAUAGCGCAAGUUGCAGCACAGUAAUCGAAAUGUGGGUUGAUGAAAACAUCUUUUGGCCAACGAUAUUUGCUUGUGACACUUAGAUGACAAUGACAUGAGGGCCCUGCUGGUGAAUAAGUGUUGUAAUGAAGAUUACUAAGUAAGUAAAAUCUCCUCAUUUAAGCAAACGUAAUAAUUUACAGUAACCGGAACGACUUAUAAAAAAUAUCGAAGGUUUAUUUAAACUCACCUAUAUAAAUAAAUUGAGGAGUUCAAUGAUACAGUUGAGCAACUUUCGCAGUGGUCAGUCAUUGGAUGGGUGACCAAAAAUCUUCUCUCUCGAGUUCCUCGAUGCUUCGGAAGGCACGUUAAGCCAUUGGUCCCGGCUUCAUCUGCAGUCGUUAGCAUCCGUCAAUCCGCACUGGGCCCGCGUGGUGGGUCAUGGCCCAAUCUCCCUAUUCCAUCCAUCCUGCCCCCAGCCUGUGCCCCAGCAGUGGAAACAUUAAUAGGCUGAUGAUGAUGAUAUAAAUAAAAGGCUUAUUUAUAUCUUUCUAAAGCCGCCACAAGCUCACACUGUAUGCACAUACUCGUAGUUGCAUAAUGUACUCGCUUCAUCUUUACAGCACCGCCAUUAAGUUUGAAUCACACACUAACUAUAUUAUCUCCCCUCGAAAAAGAGGAAGGUUAUAUUUUGUCUGAAACGUUGUAGGCCCUCUGCGCAAUGUGUUGCUGCACCCAGUCCCAUACGACGUGGUGCGCGAGGCGAGUGUACACCCCGGGGAAGUUGCCGCGCGCGCAGCCCAGACCCCACGACACCACGCCGAUCAGCACGCCGUCGCUUACUAUAGGCCCGCCG